AACUGGCUUUGGGACGGUGAGCGAUUCAAAUAAAGGGCCAAGCGAACCGACCCGGAAGGAUCUUGACUCUUCUCCAUCGCCCCCAACCCACCAGCCUCCGUCCCCGUCGAUCCCUCGAGGGAGUUGAUCGCCGACACCUCCGGACAUGCCUGCGGUGUUGGUCGAUGUCCGGUCUCCUGCCGCUUCUUCCUCCCCUUUUGAUCGCGUGCGUCCCCUUUCGACAAACCCUACUCCAGGCGAGUUCCCUACUUCCUUCGCUAGCCGCAUCACUCCCUAUCCGGGCCCGUCUGGCGUCUCGGAUCGGAGUGACAUAGGGCAAAAUUUUGAUUUAGGCGGAAGGUUUACUUCCCCAACACCUCCUGUUUCUUCUAUCCCAUCCCAGCUGGCUACGUCUUCCAGUGAGCCGUCGCAGGCUGCUGGGCUUUCCAAACCUAGGCUCGCGAAGUUGAAGAAGCAUGCUGGUGCAAACAGGGCGAGGGCACGUGUGACAGUGAAUCCUGAUUGUCGUUCGGGGUGCAACUCAUUCCACUCUCGGCCAGUGAGCGCGGAGUUGGAUACAUCGAAGGGGAAUCAGGUCGGUGAAGCUCAUGGGCUUCAAGAGAAGCUUGAUGGAUGGAAUCCAUUCAAGUCCGACACAGGGUUAACGACUUCGGAGGGUUCCGUUUCAGAUGAUCCUCAGUCGGCAAAGGUUGAGAGUGCUGGUUUUGUAAUGAACGAUGUGGGUGCUUUUGUAUUUGGAGGCAUUGCAAAAAAAGACCCUAGUUUUGGACGGAGCACUGGGAAAAAAUUCCCCAAGUCCGACAAAAAAAGAUAUCCCUCUCAUAAGAGUGUGAAACAUGUAAGGCCUGCCAAUGCGUUGGUUGGAGGUCAAAAUAUUGUUUCAGAACUUACCUCUUCAAAGAAUCUGAAUGGGCAGACUGAGGUGAAUACAGAGCUAGACGAUGAGAGAGCUAAGUUUAACGUGGAAAAUACUUACGGCCAUAAUCAUGAUAGCGCUCAAAGUUACUUCACUUGUACUUCUGUGGAUACACUGCCGCAGGUGGCAAAUUAUUCAACUGUAAAAGAUGAGUUGGGAAGCAGAAAUGAAGAGCCGGGCAAUCCAGCAAUUGCAUUUGUGUUUGGUGACAGAAGUAAGAAAACUGCAUCAGUUGAGAUGUUAGCAUCAGACGUUCACUCUCCAAAUACUCAUUCUAAGUUCACAUUUCGAGCAUGCAAGCAGGAUAAUAGUUUGCACAAGGAUGAUAUUCAUUCAUCUGAAACAGAUAACUGCUGUAGGCUCAAGGAAACAGCUAAACCUUUUGAUCUGUCAUCAUCAGCCCAGAUACAUUCUCCUGCAACCGGAUUUAGUUUUACUGGUGGAUAUGAAGAGCUAAAAUCAUCACAGACGAAAUUUAAGGGUCCUGUACAAGUUAAUUUUGGGUUGUCAAAGGAGAGUCUGUUUACUAGACCCUCAGAACAUAGGGCAUUCAAUGUGAAGAAAGGAAGAGCUAAAACUGGAAGAAAUACACGGAGAGACAAAUUUAAACAAUCCCUUCUACUUCACAAAAACUUUUCUCAGGCAUCUGCUCCUGCAGAAAAACUUUCUGAAACUAUCGAACAAUUAUCUCCUGCUGGUUGGUCACCAAUGGACUAUUCUCCUUACCAUGAGGGUUUGGUGGUUGAUCAAGAUUUUAGGGAAAUUUCUGUGACAUCUAAUGAUGAGUCACAUCAUAUUAUUUCAAAUUGUGAAACUAUUUUUGAAGAAGAAGAAUGUAUUCCUGUAGAGCCUGUAGAGCGAACAAGAGAAGAAUCAAUUCCUGCACCACUUCAUUUGGAUGCAAUUGAUGAUAGUGUAACACUUGGGAAAGUAGAAAAUAAUGGCUCUAGGCAUGAUCCUCUGAGGAAUCUUGUUGCUGGAUCUUCCGUCAGAUGCAAGCAAAGUAAAGGACUUAAUAGAGAAACUUAUGUCUUUGCAUCUAAAGAUGCAAAAGCAGAAGCAGACACAAAUCCAUGUAGUCCAGACAGCGAGCCACAAGAUACUGUGAGCGAAAAGUUAUCUACACUUAGCUCCAGCUUAAAGGGUUCCACUUGCUCUGAUUUUACUUUUGUCUCUUUACCUUUUGACCAAGGGUCAUUACCAGUGUCAAAACAUGUACAUAGAAUGAAAAGUAGGAAGAAAGGUUCAAAGACUCUAAACAAUUCAACCAGAAAUCACAAUGUUUCAGCUCCCUUUUUAGAGAAUGCACUUCCUGUUCAUGCUGCCAGUUCUGGUCAGCCGCUUGCUGGACAAGAUCAAAGAGACAUUCCCUCUGUAACCCUAGGCGGAGAUGAUGUCAGACAAGUGACAGAGAGAAAUUUGGAAGAGGGAAACAAUCUGAAGCCCAAAGUUGCUGCUAGUGUUGAAGAGCAGGAAGCUUGUGACCUGUGGCGUCAGAGGGGCAAUCGAGCCUAUUCAAACGGGGAUAUGUCAAAAGCUGAGGAGUUUUAUACUCGAGGGUUGAAUUCCAUCCAUACCAACAAAGUUCGCAGGAGUGGAAACAGGGCUUUGAUGCUUUGCUACAGCAAUCGUGCAGCUGCACGAAUGUCUCUUGGAAGAAUGAAAGCCGCACUUUCUGACUGCAUGAUGGCGGUUGCAAUUGAUUCUAGCUUUAUCAAGGCCCAACUUAGGGCUGCAAAUUGUCUUCUUUCAUUGGGAGAAGUUGAAGAUGCUGCUAAAUUAUUCAAGAGGUGCUUGGAACAAGAAGAUAAUAAUAUAUUAGAUCAGAAAAUCUUGAAUGAAGCUUCUGAUGGUUUACGGAAGACUCAGAAGGUUGCUGGUUAUAUAAUUCAAUCAGAUGGACAUAUAUUGAAAAGAUCAUCUGUGGAAGCAUCAAGGGCAUUGCAAUUGAUAUGCGAGGCCCUACUGAUAUGCCCGUAUUGUGACAGACUGAUGGCAAGAAAAGCAGAAGCUCUUCUAAUGCUGCGGAAUUAUGAAGAAUUAAUCCAAUUCUGUGAACAGACAAUUGACAUGGCUGAAAACAUUCAAAAUAAUGCUGUGAAGCUCUGGCGCUGGCGUCUUAUGUCCAAGUCUUAUUUCUAUUUAGGGAAGCUUGAAGAGGCAUUUGUGUUUCUAAAGAAGCAUGCAGAUGCAAUAUCUAUAUUGGACAAGAAUGAUAAUGACUCUACUGAGUCUUUGGCCUCAUUAUUUGAUGCCAUAAGUGAGCUCUUACGUCUUAAGGCUGCUGGCAACGAAGCUUUUCAAGCAGGAAAACAUCAGGAGGCAGUAGAACAUUAUUCUUCUGCUUUAGCAUGCAAUAGUGAAUCACAUCCUUUUACAGCAAUUUGCUUCUCUAAUCGUGCUGCAGCCUAUCAAGCACUAGGCCAAAUAACAGAUGCCAUUGCAGAUUGUAGUAUAGCAAUAGCACUUGAUCCUAGUUAUCCAAAGGCAAUAUCUCGGAGAGCUACCUUGCACGAGAUGAUUAGAGAUUAUGCUCAAGCAGCUAAUGAUCUCAGAAGGCUUGUCUCUCUUUUGGAAAAGCAAGUUAAGGAUAACAAUAAUCGAGAUGAAGUCUCAAGAAGAAUUAGUUGCUAUGCUGAUGUAAAUGGUGCCCGUUUGCGGCUUCGCAGUGUGGAAGAGGAGGCCAAAAAGGAGACAACUCUCAAUUUGUACAUGAUAUUGGGGCUCGAACUAUCUAGCUCUUCGGCUGACAUAAAGAAAUCUUAUCGAAAAGCUGCUCUGAGGCACCACCCAGACAAGGCCGGGCAGUUUAUAACAAGGACUGAGAAUUUUGAUGAUGAUUCAUGGAAACAGAUGGCUAUUGAAGUACAAAAGGAUGCUGACAGGUUGUUCAAGAUGAUAGGAGAGGCGUACUCUGUUCUUUCAGACCCCGCCAAGCGUUUAAUUUAUGAUGAUGAAGAGGCAACAAGGAGCAUGGUGAGAAAAGGCUGCAGUGCGAGACAAACAAGUAAACCUCACGAGAGUUACAACAAUCCUUAUGAUACGAAAAGCAGUCCGUAUGAGCGGAGAGAAUAUGGCCGUACACGUCACAGGUGGACAGACUCACCUCACUACUACAAGUAAAUUCAUUCAUCGAAUGUUUCCUACACCCAAAUACAUGGAAUCCAGUCAAGAAUCCAUCAAGCAGUGCAGCAGAUAUGCCCUUGGCUGGGCGUCCGAAGCUGUAUCCAACGGACAUUCCAUUGACAUGGAAAAGAAUUUCCACCUUGUGCUGCCAUAGUCAGCACUUUUCAUUCCCAGCUUCAGCCUAUUUUUGCCAAUUUCAUUUGGUGGCUCUGUGAUAGUUAGAGUGCUACAAGAAGAUGACUAGACAGUAUUUUUAUCAAUCAUAACAUUGUAUUUUUUUUUUAAAGUACAUUCCCAAAAUGUGGGAAACUUUUUUAAGAGAUUUAUUUAUUCUCUAGAUCUCAUGAAUCUUCAUUAAAUGUUUUCCAAGUCCAUCUUCAAAGAAUAAAAUGGCAGUCGUUGGUGGAUUAUGUAUGUUAAGCUCCCGUAGCACACUUGAUUGUAAGAUUGAAUUGGUUA